GCGCUGCGUAACGUACGCCGCGACGUACGACGGCGCCCCCCCAGGAAAUAUGCCUCUGUAGUGAAUUCAAAACUGGCUGCAUCUUCAUUCAAGAUGGUGCUGGAAAGCAUUGCGAAGAUCAUCAAAGUGCAGCUCCCAGCCUACCUCAAAAAGCUGCCUUUGCCAGAAACCAUCGGCGGUUUCACGCGGCUCACAGUUUCAGACUGGCUCCGGCUGCUGCCCCUGCUGGGCAUCCUGGCCCUGCUGGGCUACCUCACCAUCCGGCCUUUCCUGCCCAAGAAGAGGAAGCAGAAGGACAGCCUCAUCAACCUGAAGAUCCAGAAGGAGAACCCCAAGGUGGUGAACGAGAUAGACAUUGAGGACCUGAAGAGCCCCAGUGCCUGCUACUGUCGAUGCUGGCGCUCCAAAACGUUUCCUGUGUGCGAUAAAUCGCACAUCAAGCACAACGAGUUGACGGGCGACAACGUGGGCCCACUAAUACUGAAGAAGAAAAUUCUAUAAUCCGUCACUUUCCGGUGGGGCAGGGCUGGUCAUCGGAUUCUGCCUUGGACAGCUUUUAGUUAUUUUUAAUCAUCUUUUUUUUGUGGGGCGGUUGGGUGUGUUACCAUUUUCCGUAGUGUGUUUUCACACAUUUCAGUUGGAUAAAUGUGUCUUCUCAAUUUAUCACAUUGGGUUCGGUCCAGUUGUCAGUAAGCAGGUUUCUGAAGAACACAAACAUACAUUUAUAAGGUAACAUUAUAAGUAGUAAAGUGCAACUGAGGAGCGUUGGUCAAAAAAAGGCUCUGAAGCUCCUCGCGCUUCCCAUUGUUUAAAUGAUGAUGAUGAUGAUGAUGAGGAGGAGGAGGACUUCCACGUUCUUUUUUCCGGUGAAGUGAGUGUCUGCCAGAGCCUGUUGGAGGGGAGCCACGUUUCACGGCUGUGCUGGAUUGAUGUCCAGGGUUCGAGAGCUGCGCCUUGUGUGGAUGCAACCCGGCUUGAUCCAAAACGCGCGCUUGACGCUGCAGUCGUCGUUAAGGGAACGGACUUUGUGUGCCCCGUUUCCUUGGAGAACUAGAAACGAAUACAGAUAUUUCAGUUCUAAGUAAUGCCCUUGUUUGUAGUUGUUUCCCCCUCCCCCCUCCACACAAUAGUAUUACUAAAAUGUCAGAAAAAUUGUGUGUCCUGUCACCGAGCUCAUCUGAAGGCACACUGGGCUCGAACCCGGACCAAGGCAUCCUUCAGCAUCUGUGAUGUGGCCGUGCAGCCCGAGGGAAGCCAGCCCUGGUUGUCUUUCCACCUCUUCUUGUUGUGUUUUGACUUUUUUUGUUUGUUUUUUCUUUUGGGACUUAAAAUCCACAUAAACUCAUCUUGUUUUUCGCACAUGUGGAACAUACCUUGCUGUUCGUUUUUUGGAAGCGAAGGCGCUCCCAUUUCCCGUCUUUCGUCAUGUAGCCUUAAUUUGUUUCACAUACUGAUGUUCUGUAGUGUCGCAGCCGUUUGUAACACCUCUUUCUUACGCUACCGUUUCAUAUUUCUGCACAUUAUUUUCUAUUGUAUUAAACUUCAACAUAUGCAACUUCA